ACGUGGCACAAAAGUCAACAUGGCCCAACAUGUCACAUCGAAAGGUUCGGUGAAUCGUGGUGCUUCAGAAGUGGCUGACUAUAAUAUCAGAAAAGGAGUUGGAAACUUCACUUUUCAUAACGGAGAUAAAUAUCAAGGGGAGUACCGAGUGUACAAGGAUAAGCAAUAUAUUGUUAAACAAGGCACGGGUCUAAUUGUCUUUUUGUAAUAAUCCCUCUCUUAAUGCCUCUUUUAUCUACUAUUUAUGAUUAAGAAAAUGUCCUUCAACUCAGAAUAUGGAGUCUACACUACUGAAAACUUCGAAACGUACACAGCGAAGUGGAACAACGAUAAAAUUCAAUCUGACCUAUGUAUACGUUACAACAAUGAUGCAGAAUAUAGAGGGAGCUUAGACGCAACCAGUGGAAUGGGCGGACAUGGAAUUUACACAUUUCCCGACGGUUCUUCCAUGGAAGCAUUAUGGAUCCAAAAUCAGCCAGCCAAGGAUGUAACAUACAGGGAACCUCGUGGAUUCAUCUGGAAGGGUCAAAUACUUCCUGAGAUAAAUGAAAUUCAUUUCAUUGCUGGAAAUCAUUUCUGGGAUGCCGUUUAUGUUCCACCACCACAACCAAGCAAGAAUGAAGACAAUUUAGGAAUAACACCAUCGUCAGAACCUUUUGAAUCAGCCUCAACGUUACGUAGCAAACGAAAUCGUCGGUCUAGGAACAAAUUGCUGUCUUGAAUAUAAAUAACGGGAUAAGAAUCUAGAAUAUU